AUGACCCCAUUAUUGAUGGCGGCCUCCCGACUGCAAUCAAUCUGUAUCAUACACCAAUCAGCUAACAAUUAUUUACACUGUAGUUGGUUUGUGUUGAAUACCAGUACUUUCAACCACGUCUCGAUAUUCCCUUUAACUUGUAAAGCUUAUCUUCUUCGAAGAUUGAUCUUGGAUCCUGGUUCAUCUCAACAUAAAAUUUGGCGUGAAGGAUGUGGUCUAAUAUUGGAAGCAAUUUUGAAUCAGCUGAUAUGGCGCGAAUUACAAAUCGAAAGAGCUUAUACAAACUUAAAUACCAUUUGUUCAAAUCAAUCUACUUGGAUCGAAUUCUUGGUGAAAUCUUAUUCGGAUGGUGAAGUUUCGAAUUAUUUAAAAAGGUUUAAGUCUACUGACCCAAACCGAUUGAUUGAAAUUAGAGGACCUGAAUUGAAUUGGUGUCAUCCAAAUGAUAAUCUAAAUGAAAUUGUUUUUAUCGUUGGAGGAACAGGAAUCACACCUGUCAUUCAAUUGUUACGUAGGUUUUAUGGUCCUGAACAAAGUCAUGAAAAUUUAACACAUUCGAUUCCGAAAAUGAAGAUCAUAUAUCUUUCAAAAUCAAAAGAUGCGAUUUAUUUAAAUGAAGAACUUUUAAAGUAUUCCAAUCUUGAUUCAAAUCUUGAAAUUCACAAAGUGAUUACACAACCUUCUUGUGAUAACCAAUCGAAUGUGUUGGUUGAUAAGAUUGGGAAAUUGGAGAUUAAUGAUUUGAAGAAGUGGAUUGGAAUGGGGUCUGAUCAGAUCAAUCGUCAAAGGAUCAUACUUGUUUGUGGACCUGAUUCGAUGGUCAAAGCUAUUGCAGGUUCAAAAGGCUCUGAUAUGGUCUCACAAGGUGAAUUAGGUGGAAUGUUGAAAGAAUUAGGCUAUCAUCAAGAAGAAGUUUAUAAACUUUAG